AUGGAUAGUGUAGAAACUAGAUUAGAAAGUUUGAUACGGCCGAUUCCUAUCGAAAACUGAAGGAGGCUUGAAGAUUACAUCCAGCAAGCUCAUCAACUAAAAGCAAGAGGAGACUCCAUGUACAACCAUGGUAAAUAUAUAGAAGUAAGAUCUAAAUAGGCACACACAGCGUUUAAAAUGUUCCUUAAUUUAAUGCGAGACAUUAGAAGCCAUAAUUCCUGCAACAGUAUAGGGUACAAAAAGCAGCUUUUUCAAUUAAACCAGGAUAUUCCUUUGAUUAGAAAUUUAGUAUCUGACUGCUCUAGAUCAGUUAUAAAUGCUGACAAAAAUGUUCCAAGCCUAAUUAGCUCUGCAGAAAUUCCUAGCUCUCUUCCCUUUAAAUUUGAGCAAAAUACUUUUAUAGUUAAAUGGGAGAUUAAUUACUUUUUUAAAAAAAAAUUAUAUUUAAAUUUUUCUCUAUAAAAUUUUAAAUCUUAAAAAAAUAAUUUGAGACAUGAUUUUAAAUUUUAUUGUUUUUUUGUCAAGAAGUAAUUAUAAAAGUUAAUCGAUUUAUUGUAAAGCAUGUUUAAGUAGCAUUCUACUUGAGCUUAUUUCCAUUAAAAUAAAUCAAAAUUUAUAAAAAUUAGUAUCUUAUUCUUUAAAAUUUUUAAAAUUAGUAUCAAUAACAUUUUCUAAUUGAAAAAUAAAUUUUAUUGCAUUUUAAAAGGGAGUUAAAGUCCCCAAAAAAUGCAAAUUUUACUGAUUUUUGGUUCCGAUUUAAAAGAGGGACUAAGAGAGUAAUUAUUCCUCAAGAAAUCAUUGACCACUUCAUCGCUCUUUCCUUUUCAAAUACCGAGCGCAAUGUUGAAACUUUAGGCAUACUUGCAGGUAUCCCAUCCAACACAGAAUUAGCAAUUAAAGCCUUAAUUUUACCAAAUCAACGCGGUGCAUCAGAUACUUGUGAAUGCUUAGACGAUGAGACCCUAUUUACUGCACUAGAGCAGCAUAAGUGGCAAGUGUUAGGCUGGAUCCACACGCAUCCUCAGCAUGAUUUAUUUUUGUCUUCAGUUGACAUGCACACUCAUUCAAGCUACCAAUGACUUCUCCCAGAAGCGAUUGCAAUUGUUUAUGCUCCGCUUCAUCCACAACAAAUUGGAGUUUUCAAGCUAACAGAGAGAGGAAUGCAAGAAAUCAGGGCAUGCAGAGAGCGAGGCUUCCACCCACACUCUGAAGGACUGUUUGAGGAGAGCAGAAAUGUGAGCAUAGAAAGCGGAGUGAGGUUUGAAGUUGUAGAUUUAAGAUAA